UAUCACUGGUGGUGAACAUGGAAGCCAUAAGAGUUUUUGGACCCAAACUCUCUAUUCGUUCUCAGACCAGUGCAUUUCCGGCAUGCAAACUCUCUCGCUUUCCGCUGACGUCAUUUCCCAGUAAGCCUGCCCAUCUUGUUCCUUUGAAGGCCACUACUCAUCCUCUAGCUUUUGACGAUGAAGAAAAUAAUCGCAAGUUCAGGAAGUUGGGCCCUUCUGAAUGGGGUCAUCAAUUCCUCUCUGCUCAUGUUGAUCUCUCAGAAAUGGAUGCGCUUGGGAGAGAGAUAGAGGCACUAAAGCCAAAAGUAAGGGACAUGUUGAUGUCUUCCAAAGGAACUGAGUCGAGCAAGAAGAAAAUCCUUUUUAUCUAUUUGCUUGUGAGUCUUGGUCUCGCGUAUCAUUUCGAGGAUGAGAUCGAGGAGAGUCUAAACGAUGGUCUUCGAGAGAUAGAGGAGAUGAUGGCUGGUGAAGGUGAUUUGUACACAGUUUCCAUCAUCUUCUGGGUUUUCAGGACAUAUGGUCACAACAUUUCUUCUGGUAAGGAUUAAUUCUCUAGCUUGUUAUUAGACGACCGUCGCCGUUUGGCAUAUGCAACUAGUAUACAAUGGCAAUCAAGAAAAUAUAUUUACUUGU